AUGAUUUUAACUUGGAAGAUGCUCUUAAUCCUGGUGGCUUUGAUGAUUCAGAUCUGAUUGAUAGCAAUUUACCAAGAGGAGGUGAAGGAGCUGGAGGAGGUGGUUCUCAGGGAGCAAUAGCUGGAAUUGUAAGUGCUGUGUUUGCUACUGUAAUCGGAGCAGUAUCUAGUUUCAUUGCUUACCAGAAGAAGAAACUCUGUUUCAAACAAAGCGCAGAUGAAGAGAAUGUGAAUAUGGAUAGCCAUCGGGGAGCACAAUCUGAGCCACCUGGUAAGAGAAGGUUCUAG